CCUACUCUAUUGGUCUCCAACUUAGUCCUGCCGGGCUUCGAGGACACACAGACUCCGCCCCGCUACCCAAGACACUGCCUUUCUCACCCAAGCACAGAGCCCGAGGUCCCCUCAGAUCCUCACAGCCCCCAACGACCGGCCCACAGAUGUCUCAAAGGAACCCUAUCCUCACAAUCCCAGAAUCCCAGACUCCCCCGGAUGUACGCACAGAUCUCCGCAGAUCCUACCCAGACACUCGCUCACAGAGAUCCCGCAACACACACCCCACUUUUCAGAAGUAAACCCCCUGGGCUCGCCCCCUUGAGGCCCAAUGCAAGCUCCUCAGGAGACCGCACCCACCGGGGAGGUGACUAGACCGCCGUUGCCACGGAGACUACUAGGCGUUCCAGUUGCCCUGGUGACCUGUGCCUACUCUCCUGGCCCGGGUUCCGGAGGCUUCAGUCAAGCCCCUCCCUCAUCGGCCCUGGACCCCUUGUCCCUACCCACUUCCCCAGGUCAUGCCAGAGCUCCUUUGCGAAGUUCUGCAGAUAUCCAAGUCCCCUCCCCAGAUAGCAGACUUUCAGGCAAGGCAUUUCAACACUCAGCGCCUGCAGCUGGGGCACGUCCACAACCAAGAGCUUUCCCUCCCUGAGGAUCAACACCUCCCCCUGUCAUCCUAAGGCAAGGUCUUGACCUAAGGACUUGUAACAACCAAGCCAAAACCCAGAGAUGGAAGCAGAUGAGAUCACAGAAGAGCCUCAUACCGCCAUGGAUGCAGAGGAGCACCCCCUUUCAAAGGACCCCUCUGCUGAGGACUUACAGGAGAACCGUAUCUCUGAAAGCUUCUUGGAGCCUUCCACCUCUGAGACCCCCUUAGAGCCCCAUACCUCUGAAUCCCCUUUGGUGCCAUCCCCUUCCCAGAUCCCCUUAGAGGCCUAUUCCCCUGAAAUCCAUCAGGAGCCUUCCAUCUCUGAGACUCCUUCAGGGACCCCUACCUAUGAGGCUUCAUUGGAUAGUCCCAUCUCAGUGGUACCAGAGAAACACCUUACUCUUCCUCCCCAAUCACGAAACUAUGUCUCUCUGUCUUCCUCUGAUACUUUGAAGGAAGACCUCUCCUCUGAGUUUUCUUCCAAUGAGGUCCCAUGGACAAGGAGGUCUACCCAUUUCUCUGAAUCUGAGAGCCUUCCAGAACACUCUUCUUCAGGCCCUUCAGCCCAGGUCCAAAUGGAUGCAUCUGAAAAGCAGGAGGAAGAAGCAGGAGAGGUUGAAAAGGGAGUAGAUGCCAGUGACAGCACUGAUCACACAGCCCAACCUGGACACCAACUAGGUUACACAGCCCGCCCAGUGGUCCCUGCUAAGCAGACAGAGCUGGUGGAAGUGGCUAAGGCAAUGCAUAGAGAGGAGUUUGGUGCUCAGGUGAACAAUCUUUUCCAGUGGGAGAAGGAUGCAGCCCUGAAUGCCAUCCAGACAGGUCUCUACAUUGGCUGGCGCUGCCCCCAUUACCUAUGGGACUGUUUCCGGAUUGGGGAUGAGUCCAGAUGCUUUUGUGGACACUUGUUGAGAGAGCACCGGAUCAUCUCAGACAUAUCCGUGCCCUGCAAGGUGAGCCAGUGCUGCUGCCUCAUGUUCUGCUUUAUCCCAUCACGCCCAGAGGAGGUGGGUGAGUUCUGGCUCAAGAGACGGGCCACCUUUGACCCCAAGGCCUGGAGGGCCCAAUGUCGCUGCAAACACAGCCACGAAGAACAUGCAGCCACUGGGCCCCAUCCCUGCAGGCAUCAUGGCUGUUGCUGCGGCUGUUUUGAGUCUAAUUUCCUCUGUGCGGCCUGUGACCGGCGCUGGGAGGAACAUGGGACUUUCUUUGAGACCCAGAGGACCCGGCGACGAGGAGGGAGACCUCAUGGGACAGACACUGUCAGCAACUGGCACAGGCCUUUGUGAGUCUGGCCCAGAUCAGCAAUAAAAGAGGAGUCACUGGAACCUGACUUGGCUCCAUAUGGGACAGGUAGAUCCCAGCCCAGGGAGAGACUGCCUAAUAACUUAGAGUUGACACCUAUUAGGCACAGGAGAAAGCCUGGAUCUGGCCAUCUGCC